CAUGCACAGGCGCUCGCUCUCCCUUUGGAACAAAAACUUGGCUGGCAGGACAACAGCCAUGUGUUUUAGCUCCGCACUCUGAAAAAGUUUUCAGUUGUGUGUGUGUUUCUGAGAACAAGUGCAAAGAGGAGGGGAAGUGGGGUGGCCAAAGUGAGAUAUGGAGUAUAGAAGGAGUUGCCGAUCAAAACCAGCGAUUAUCUAUUUGGAGAUUUCAUAAUCAGAAUAAAUCUGGUGGACAACAUUUGGGAUUAUUCAACUGGGCGUAUACAAUAACAGUAUGUUUAGUUGCCGUAUCGAGCAGCAGUCGCAGUGAUGCAGCGCGAGGAGAUGUCGGCACGAGAGGAGUUCACCUACAGCCCCAUGUCCACCCUGGAACGAGGCAGCGGCUCACUGGGAAGACGAGGCAGCAGGGGAUCGGAGAGGAGAGUCGAUAGGGGGGAGUCGGAUGUGUCGGAGCGGGACAGCUACACUGUGGACGUGAGGGCCAGUGACCUGCAGCUGGCCCAGCCGGAGCCUCUAAAGCACCCCUGCUUCAGCUACAGGGCCUGGCUCUACAGUGUCCUCAUAGGGGGUAGUCUGCUGAUCACCUCUGGGUUCUCUUUGUAUCUGGGAAAUGUCUUUCCUGUUGCCAUGGACUACCUGCGCUGUGCUGCAGGCUCAGGCAUACCAGCAGCAAUUGCCAGCUUUGCUAUUGCCAAGAACAGACAUGUUGCAGUGUCAGAUUUCCAGGUGGUCUAUGUAUCAACCUUUGCAGUGACGACCACCUGCCUGGUUUGGUUUGGAUGUAAAUUGAUCCUCAACCCUUCAGCUGUCAAUAUCAACUUUAACCUUAUCUUGAUGAUUUUGCUGGAGGUGUUGAUGGCUACUACAGUCAUCCUGUCAGCUCGCUCCGGAGAGGACUGCUGCUGCCACAGAAAAUCUGUAACAAACCAGCGACCUUCAAUUACAACCCCUGCAGUAUUCCCCACUCGGCUUCUCAAAGCCUACUCUGUGAUCGAAGUCAUCGUAGGAAUCUCCGCUGUGUUUGGAGGUAUCAUUGCGCUCAACAUGGAUGCCUUGCAGCCCGGCCCAUACUUGUCCGUCACAUUUUUCUGGAUUCUUGUGGCUUGUUUUCCAAGUGCAAUCGCCAGUCAUGUUGCGUCAGAAUACCCGAACAAAUGCCUGGUGGAGGUGCUGAUCGCCAUCAGCAGCGUGACAUCUCCUCUCCUCUUUUCAGCCUCCGGCUUCCUCUCUUGUAGUGUGAUGAGCUUUAUUGACAUUUUUCUACAUGACGUGCCUAUAGCCAAGCAAUCCUACGACAUCUUGCUGCUGAUUCUGCUGGUGUUACUGCUGGUGCAGGCCAUUUUAAAUUCCGCCACUGUGGUGCACUGUGCCUCCUACAAGAGUCAGCUUCGCUUGAGGGCAACACAACAGAGUGACGACAACAUGGGAACCUCCAGCCAGUACUGCAGGCAACCAUCCAACGGAUUGCUGCAGAGCUUGAGCAAAGACAGAACCCGGAAGGCCGUUAUGGUGCAAAUCACUCAAUGACCACGAUACAAGGGAAUGAAACCUUUAAAGUAUAAAACAGUGUAAAGUAAAAUUAAAAAAUAAUUUGGUCAUGCAAGAACCAUACAGUGAAUAUGUGUAAGUUGGUACUGUAUAUUUGUGGUCCUCCAAGACUACAUUAGAUUAGACCUGUUCUACAGUAUGUCAACCGUAGUAGAUAUAGAUUUUUGGUUGUUUCCUAUAUUAAAGGACACAUGAUUUAUUUAACCUGCAAGAUCAAUUUUUUUUUGUUUUGGUACAGCAGGGUUAUGACAAUAUGGUAUUAUUGUGUAGCAUAUCUGCACUUUUUGCAAAGGUACAGUGUAAAGCAGCGUUACUGUAGUCAGUGAACUUUCUAUUUAGUUUUGAAUUCUUCAGUACAAGGUAGAACAUGUUUUCUGCAGCACACUGUACACUGUUUUGUUCUAAUUAUGUAGUACAUGCAACAAAUAAAUGACCUGAAAAUGUCCAAGUA